AUGGCUGCGAAUUUCGGAUCGUGCAACGCCAUCGGUGGCUGGCUUUGCCUUGCAUUGCUGCUGGACACCGUCAGUGCCGUCGCCUCCAGCCUCAGCUACAACGGCCUUGCUCAGACGCCUCAAAUGGGCUGGGACACAUACAAUGCCUAUGGCCUUGCAUACAACGAGUCUACAAUCCUCACCAACGCCGAGCGCCUGGUCUCCCUCGGUUUUCGUGAUCUCGGCUACCGCGUUGUCAUCUUCGACGAUGCCAUGACGGAGCUCAAUCGCACUGCCAAUGGGACCUUGAGCGCAAACGCGGCCAAGUUCCCCUCCGGCCUCCAAAGCAUCGCAAAUCAGCUCCACGAUUAUGGCCUGUACUUUGGCGUGUACAGUAGUGCAGGCAAAUACACGUGCGGAGGAUACCCUGGAAGCCUAGGGUAUGAGACUCAAGAUGCAGCAUGGUGGGCAAGCAUGGGUGCAGAUUAUCUGAAAUACGACAAUUGCUACAACGAAGGUCUUUCGGGCACGCCAAAGCUGAGCCAGGAUCGAUAUGCUGCCAUGUCGAACGCGUUGAACAGUACGGGCCGAGAUUUGGUAUAUUCGCUGUGUAACUGGGGAGACGACAAACCCUGGGAGUGGGCGUCUACCAUAGCCAAUAGUGCCCGUAUCUCGGGCGAUAUCCAGGACAGCUUCUCCAUGCCCACUACAUCGUGCCCCUGUGGGCCCGACGAGUACUACUGCCAACUCCCUGGUUAUGGCUGUUCGGUCAUGAACAUUCUCGGCAAGGCCAGUGCCAUUCGCAGCAAAAACCAGGCGGGGUACUACAACGACCUCGACAUGCUCGAGGUGGGAAACGGCGGCAUGUCCUACGACGAAUACAAAGUCCACUUUAGCAUGUGGGCCGCCAUCAAGUCUCCGUUGAUCAUGGGCAACAAGCUCGACCAGCUUUCCCCAGAAGACUAUGCGAUCCUCGUCAACCCGGCGGUGCUGGCCAUCUCGCAGGACCCCGGUGUCAGUGCCGUUUCCAGGACGGUCCGGCAACAGGUCGACGACACGGAUGCAUGGGGAUUUGGAGAGAUUCAAGUGUGGCAGGGAAGCCUGGCGAAUGGCGAUCAGGUGGUCGCCUUUCUCAACGCGGGCAACAACUCCCGCACCAUGUCCUACAGCCUUGUCGACGUCUUCGGCGGUCUCCGCACAAACACAAACGCCCAGCAGAGUUGGGAUCUGUUCGACGUCUGGGGCAAUCAGACGGUCAUGCGCAACGAGGUGGCCGCCCAGGUACUGAACGGUACGCUUGCGGUGGGAAAUGCGACGGGAUACUACAAUGCCAGCGAGACGGCUUGGGCGACGGGGUUGAAUCAGAGUGAUCCCCUGUUGAUUGGCACGCCGGCCGGGACGGUCCAGGCAGGGGGCACGUUGCAGGCCGAUGUGCCUCGACAUGGGAUCCAGAUGUGGCGGUUGAGACAGGCUGGCGGAUCAAGCAAGAAGCGAGAUGAGUUGUAA